AGCGUCUCUGCGUGAACCAGACCGUUGGAACGCCUCAAGGUGUUUGAAAGCCACAGCGUGCCGGAUGUAUGUCCCCGCAAUUUGAUAGCUCCCGCCCUUGGGCUGUGCCCCGCCAAAGAUCUUGACCCCAAGCAGACAAUGUCGAGACACAACCGUGAGAGCUGGCUUACUUGAGAACGGCGUGUGUUGAGUCCUAACUGUUCGAAUGCUUGCCUAUCAUUGAGCUUGACCUGUUUUCGCUCUACCGCUAAUUUUGGACUGGACCACUGUUCUCAUGUCAAAAAUUUAGGUAGACACAAUAUUUGGUCUGCCCCACCACCAUCCGGGCCCAGAACAGAACCCCUUGGGUGCCUCAACCUCGAAUUACCACAUCAACGACAACAAAAACAAAGCCAAAAUGAACCACGUCAGCUCGCCCAACGAGCCGUACCCGUCGGUGGAUGACCUGGCGCAGGCGACGACGACGCACACGCAGGGUUCGUUCCGGAUCGCGUCGCGCAAGCUGCCGAUCCUCAAGAGCGGGCCCAUCGACGCCAUGAGCGCGCGGCUUGGCAUCCCCGUGCCCGAGAUGAUUUUUGGAGACAACCUGCUGUCGGUCACCCACGUGCCGACGGGGUGGAGCAUCGCCUUCACGGCCGAGGCGGCGCUGGACCGCGUCGACAAGACGGGCGAGCACAUGCUGCGCGUCGCCUACGCCGGCGAGUGGAGCAGCAGCCGCGAGAAGACGAGCGCCGGCAUCUCCGAGGUCGUGCGCCCCUACGACUGGAGCUACAGCACCACGUAUCGCGGAACCGAGACGACUACUGAGGAAAACUCCCUCUCCGCAUCCCCCACACUACCCCCCCUGCCGCUCGAGCUGCUGCGGCGGCGCGACCCGAUCCUGUUCGCCGACGAGGUGGUGCUGUACGAGAGCGAGCUGGACGACAACGGCAUCAGCGUGGUGACGGCCAAGGUGCGCGUGAUGCCGGAGCGGCUACUACUACUAUGCCGGCUGUUCAUGCGGCUCGACAACGUGCUGGUGCGCGUGCGCGACACGCGCGUCUACGUCGACUUCGCCGCCGAGCUGGUCCUGCGGGAGUACACGGCCAUGGAGGACCGUUUUGAUAAUGUCAAGCGCGCUCUCUACAUGUCCGGGCUGGCCCCCGACGCCGUCACCGUCGCCAUGCGCGACGCCAACCAGGUCGCACACCUGCUGCCCGUCGUCGACCACGUCCUCGAGGGUGUUUCCUUGGGUUCUGGGUCAGCAUGAUGAAUAUAUAUAUAUAUCCUUGCGGCUUUUUUAAUAUUCUUUUUAUUUUCAUGCUAUCAUGUGCGUUUCGUAGAAAUAUCCUCGAGGCAAAGAGACCGGUAAGGACAACAAGCCGAGCUAAAAAUCUGGGUGCGGCGUUUUCUUUUUUUUUGGGCGGGGGGGGAAGGGGCAUUGGGAGUUGGUCGAAUUACCUGCCUAGUUGAAUACCUAGC